UCCUACUGUUUUUGAUAUAUAUUGCAUAUUGUGCCUUAAGGGCAGCAGCUACAUAAAGAUAUCUCUCAGUAUUUGUUCAGUAUUUGACAGUUAGGCUGUUCCAAUGUACCUUAGGGAUUUUUAUUCUAAUUUUAUGCUGUCAGACUUUUAUUUCUCUGACUUUGUAUCCUCUGUGGUAAUAUUACUAAAAGCUUUCCGGUUUUGUGGGUAUUUUUAUUAAAAGAAAAGUAAUUGUAUUAAUCAGAGCUUAGUUUUUCUUGCCUUUUUCUUCCAGAUUAUCCCAAUGGCAUUCGGCUCACGUCAGCUGUUCCAGGAGCAGAUAUCAAAGUACUCAUAAAUUUCAAUGCACCAAAUCCUCAGGACAGGAAGAAGUUUACAGAUGAUUUGAGGGAAUCAAUUGCAGAAGUUCAAGAAAUGGAAAAGCACAGAAUAGAGUCCGAGCUGGAGAAGCAGAAGGGGGUGGUGCAUCCCAGCAUGUCGCAGUGCUCCAGCCUGAAGAAGGACUCCGGGAACGGGACCCUGCCCCGGGCGUGCCUGGACGACAGCUACGCCGGCGGCGAGGGGCUGAAGCGGAGCGCGCUCAGCUCCUCCCUGCGCGACCUGUCCGAAGCAGGCAAGCGUGGGCGACGCAGCAGUGCAGGAUCGCUAGACAGCAAUAUGGAAGGGUCCAUCAUUAGCAGUCCUCACAUGCGCCGAAGAGCUACAUCAACCCGAGAGUGUCCAUCUCGCCCUCACCAGACUAUGCCCAACUCCUCCUCACUCCUAGGGUCCCUGUUCGGUAGCAAGAGGGGCAAGCCCCCCUCGCAGAGCCACGCGGCCGCGCAGACCCCGCACCACGCGGAGGGCGCGGCCGCCGCGCCGCACCCGCACCACGCGCAGUUCUGCCACCAGAACCCGCCGCCCUACCACCACCACCACCACCACCACUACCACCCGCCCCCGCACCCGCACCCGCACCAGUACCACCAGCACGGGCACGGCCACGGGCACGGCCCCUACCUGCCGCACGCCCCGCACCACGGCCCGCACCACGGCCCGCACCACCACGGGCCGCCCCCGCCGCCCGCCGCCGCCAGCACCAAGCCCAAACACAGCGGCAUCAGCACCAUAGUCUAGGCCUAAAGACCCUCCUCGUGACUCUAGUUCCAAACCCAGCUGCAAAGGCACUUAGAGGAAGCAACAAAAUCACACCGUCAGUUUUUACCCAGGCCGUUUAAUGAGCUUAAAGGCUUGCUGUUACUAAAUAAAAUAAUUCCAGUUAGCCCAGGCCAUACUGGUUUUACUUAUCUACUGGAUAGAUGUUCACCACCAUCUGGUUAGUUCUUAUUUCCAAACUUGCCUUGACAACGUGCUGCUUGCUGAAUCUGAGGAAAGCUACCUUUUACACCAAACCCCUGGACAAUUUUACACACAUAAUGAAAAGCUAGCCUAUGGAAAAAAAACAGGGAAAAAAGUCAGACAGAACCAAGUGUUGCAUUCUUGCUCUUUUACUCUCAAUGGGCAAAAAAAAUAAGUAGACCUGAUAUGGUUGAUGAAAGUACGUAAGUAAACUUUAUAUAAUAUAAAUAUAUACAUAUAAAUAUAUAUAUAUAUAUAUAUAUAUACUGUAUAGUUAACAUUUGUGCUUGGAAAGAAAUUUUUUCAGUCCACAAAACUAGCAGUAUAGACUUUACAAGGAAUUCCACUUACUUGAUAGGACAGUAUAAUAGAUGAAUAGCAUAUGAAAGUAGACCAAAACCAUUAAACGUUAGAAACCAAUUUCAAACAUUUCAGUAUUUUCAUCACAAGUCCCCUGGACUUGUUAAGAUUUCUAAGCAAUCAUUACUAAAUGUGCCAAGUAACAUAGCAUUUAAAUGUUAUAGUCCAAUACUGCUUUGUAUAAAUCCUUAUUUUAUUAACACGAUGAUAUCAUACGUAAUCAGUAUUAGAGCUGCUCUGCUAUUUCAGGUAAGCAAACUCGUUAAGAUGCAGUAAUUAUUCCGUAGCAAUGGAGGGUGCCCACCUACCAGGGGGCACCUCCGAGCAUUGGUCACACAAGUUUUUAGACACUUUAAAGGCUGUGAUAACUGUGAAUUUACAUGAUCCACAUUUCUUUUGUAAGCAUAUGGAUUGAACGAGCACAUGGGAAGAGUUCCGCCAGGUGCAUGUAAACACUGCAAAAACAUUCAUCUCAAACAUGAAAAUGGCAAACCUCCAUCCUUCUCAGCUACUUUGGUUCCUGUUUACCAUAAUUGCUCAUUUUUACCCCCAGCGAAGCUGAAUUCUAGUCCAGAGUGUUUCCAGUAGAAGUGCUCUAAAACUUGAAGGUUUGUUUUAGAAUUUAGUAUAGGGUUUUUUUAUAUAUAUAUAUAUAUUAAAAAAAAAUUCAAAAUCUGUAAUUCCAUGUAGCCAUGUGCUAGCAAUGAAGUGGCUUUACCAUUUUUACUCAUCACAUUUGUUAGUUUGAAACACCCAGCACUCAGCAGGCUGAGUUUAUGCUCAAACCUUCACUUCCAUAGUCCAGUUAGUUGCAAGACAUCACAUAAAAAUAGGCUGUGCUAUUGUUGCUUAUGUGUUGUAACCAAACAAUUUGCAAAUUUCUCUACAAUUUGUAUCCCGAAAUCCUGUACAAAGUUAUCCAUGGCACCUACUUUGUAGUUUCAGCACUUUGAGCCACUGCAAGGACUUAACACCUAAACAGUAGAGACAAAGGAAUCACAACUGCAAAACUGUACCAGCCUAAAAGCAAACCUUGAAGAAGAUGAGCAAAAAGUUCCAGUGAGAGAUGGGUAAAAGUAAUCACAGCUCCAACCAGUCGGGUUUCUGUGGAACAGAAAACAAACAGUAAUAAAAGCGUCCCAAAUCGGGAGGACAUGGGAGCAACAGAGUGACUUGUCCUGUUGGCUUGCUCAUGGCAUCUCUAGCGUGGGGAGGAUGGGAGAGGUUCAGUCAUUUUUUCCCUUUCAUACCAUGGAUACCACAAUACCAGCAGAACUGCAAACUGAGCACUUUGUUCACCUCCACAGAGAGCAAAUACAGCAAUCUAGAGUUUAGCCUUUUGUUUCCAGCAGUCCACGUUUGUUUCACACAUGUGCAAUAUGUUUUCCCCUUCUGCUCCUUCUCCUCAGAAUGAUCUCCAUGAAAAGAAAACAAGUGAUUAUUAUUAUUUUUCUGUGUCACUCAUUCUAUUCUAAAUUCUGCGGCUUACCUUAAGAGGGCUCACCUGGGUCCCCUGAGGCUCUGUUCCUUGCAGUUUAAAAAAUAUAUACUGUUCUUAUAAGGGAAAGUAGAACUGUCUGCAUGUCAUCUAAUGUUAUUAGUGUGAGGCUACACUCUACAUAUUGUAUAAUUGCAAAAUAUAUCAGUGUUACUGUUGAUAUUAGUUGAAGUAAAGUGAUAACAUAUUUCAA